AUGGCGGGACUUCUAGAGCAGCUCGACGGGUCCAUCUCCGACAUACUGGCAGCCUGGAACAUUUACACCACCCUCAUCGCCUUCUCCAUCGUCGGCUUUCUGGCCUUCAUCAUUUACGACAGCGCCGAUGCCGACACGCACCCGCUGCUGCUCGCGAGACAAGCAGUGGCUUCCUAUGUGAGGCAGCCGGGAGAAUCGGCCAUCUUCAGGUCUCCCGAGACUCCUCAUGGUUACCCUCUUCGUACCGGACUUGCCGUCAGACCUCCGGGCGCUCCCAUGUACUCGGCCGGAAAGGAUGGAGACCUUCGAGACAUCUGGCGACGAGUCACAGGUGAAAUUCCUCUCGAGAAGGGCGCCAAAUCCAGCGGCACGGCAAACAUCAUGACCGUCUUCGGCAAGGAAGGCGUGACUGAGCACAAGGUCCAAGACGUUACCAAAGAGAUUGCUAUCCUUGGAAAACACCUGCAAGAGCGUGGCGCGAAAAGAGUUGCCAUCUACCUACCUAACAGCCUCGAGUUCCUGGCCGCGCUCUUCGCUGGCGCCUUCUACGGUUUCACCCCCAUCCUGAUACCAUACAACCAGCCACACCAGACUCUGGUCGACCUUCUUCGCCAGACAGGAGCCGACGCUAUGAUCGCCGAGGCGGGCUCCGUUCCUCUUUCUGAAGUUGGCCAGGGUGUGUCUAGCCUGCGUUCCGUCAUCUGGACCGUAGAGAAGACAAGCAGGCACAUGGACUGGAGCGAGGUGCCCGAAGGUAUCGGUGGGAAGAUCGACGUUGCCGUGUGGCAUGAGCUUGUACAGGAACAGAAGAGCGCUCCUACAGCACUGCCUUCCACUUCCGAGAAGCCACCAAAUGUUGUCUUCCUCUGGCAAGAAGCCGUUGGAAAGCCAGCAGAGGUCGUCGAGUUCACGCAGCAGAACCUGACUGCUGCCAUUGGCGCACUGAUCACAUCUCUUCCUGCCUCGCACCGUCUUAACCCCUCGGACACAUUCCUCCCUGCCGACGCCUUCACGCACUCUUACAGUCUGUGCCUAACAUUGGCUGCUCUAUUCUCUCAUGCGACAGUCAUCAUCCAGUCUGUUGCUGGCCCCGGUGUCGACCUUGAACUGGCUACACGUUCCAUCGCUCCCACGGUCACAGUCAUCUCAGCCGAAACAGCUGCGAAGCUUCACAAUUCUACCAAGACCUCAAUAACCGGUGGCCCGCAGAAAUUGGCACACUACCUCGAGACGCGCAUGUUGACUGCUGGCCGCCUACCUACCGACAACCUUUUCACGAAGCUCAAUGCACCCGCUAGAGCGGCCAUCGGUACAACACCUGGGAAACUGCGUCUGGUCUUUGUGUCUGAGAGACAGGGCCUGAACACACCACCACUUAGCUCAGAAGACCUAUCUGAUCUGCGCAUCUUCACCAAAGCGCGUGUGGUAUAUGCCUUGACCACUGCUAAAGUAGCUGGAGCUGUUGCACAGACGAACAUCUACGACUAUCGGAGAGGGGAAACCCCGUCUAAUAAACACAGCCACUUCGGCGUACCUCUCAGCUGCGUGGAGAUCAAGUUGAAAGACACGCCACAGCACAAGACAACAGACGAUCAGACUGCUGGAGAGCUUGUUGUCAAUGGCUCAUCAGUUGUAGGUGGCGAGGUUCACCUAGGUGUGAAUGCCACCAUUCGAGACGAUCAUACUUUGGCCUAUGUAUAG